AUGAGCAGCUUCCUCGGCGCCUUUGGUGACGGGCUCUCUGUCCAAUCCAGCAGCCAUCGCCGCGCAAGCUCCCGAUCUCGACCCAAGAGACGCCGCUCCCGUUCCCGCUCCCGCUCUAGCUCCCGAAACCGCGGCGGCUCGUUCGUCGGCGGCCUGUUUGGCGCCGAUAGCAACUACACACGACACAAUUCGUCAAAGUCCAACUUCUUCGGCAUGGGCAACUCGAGCCGCUCCAGCUUCUUCCCUUUUGGUGGCCGCUCUUCUUACUACAAGCGCUCUCCUCGUUCUGGAUUCAUGCAGCGCUCCUACAAGCAGCUCAAGCGCCUGAUUCGCGAUCUUAUUCACUGGGCCAAGCGACACCCCGUCAAAGUCUUCAUGCUCGUCAUUAUGCCGUUGAUCACUGGUGGCGCCUUGACUGCGCUGCUCGCACGCUUUGGCCUGAGACUUCCUCCCUCUCUGGAAAGAAUGCUCGGCAUGGCCGCUCGUGCUAGCGGUGGUGGUUCGUUCGGUGCCAUGAGCGGUGCUGCACGUAUGGCUGGUGACUAUGCCAGUGGCCACCGUGGUAGUUACGGUGGUGGUUACGGAGGCGGCUAUGGCCACUCCUCGUACGGCGGUGGUGGCAGCCGCGGCGGUCAGGGAUGGGAGCAGAGCAUCAUGGGCGUGGCCAAGAUGUUCCUGUGA